AGAGACUCCACCACUGUCACCCACGGAACCCAGACUGUGUUGAAUGACCCAGUGACUGCACAGUACACCCACACUCUGACUGUGGUUGGGAGACUGGGAAGACUGUACAGAUGUACUGUGAGCAACAAUAAACCAUCUGUGGUCUCUGAUACCUUGACUGUGAGAGUUGCCUCAGCUCCUACUAACCUGGUGUUUGAGGUUCAAAGUGAUGGUACUAGUGUCCUACUGACCUGGACCCCACCUGAUCCACUGGGAGACACCACUGGCUACAGGAUCUCCUUCACUGGAGGAGGCAGCAGUGGUAGUGAAGAUGUCAGUGGUGGAUCUACCAACAGCUACACUCUGACUGGUCUUAUAAGAGGGGAGACGUAUGACAUAUCGAUUGUAGGCACAUCAGAUCACAUCUCCAGUGAGAGUGUGGAGUUGAGUGUCACUCUAGUUCCUGGGCCAUAUUUGACAGUGGAAGUGGUAAUGAUGGGAGUCAGCUCCAUUUCCCUGUCAUGGAGUGUGUCUGGAGACACAGUGGUGGAUUCAGAGGUGGUGUGGCGAGCUAUCAGUGGCCCUGGAGACAGAGAUUCCAGCGGCUCCAUCACAUCCACCAGCUACACCAUACAUGACCUCCAGAAACUCUCUGUCUACAGUGUCACUGUUACCGUCCGCACAUCGUCCUCGGGCGAUUUCAGUGAAUCUGUCAUUGCCUUCACAGUUCCUGCAUGUGGAAGCAGUGGAUCAUCAUCAUCGGUAGCAGUAGCUGCUCUUGGUGGUGUGUUGGGAGUGGUGAUUGUGACUGCUAUAGCAGUGCAGGUUAUGGUGAUAGUCUUUUUCAUGAAGAAACUCCAAAGAGCUGAAGAAUACACUACUACUGCUGCACAACUAAAAAGAGCUCCUCCUGAGUCAUUCAAGACCACCAGUAACGAGGCUUACAGUGUAGUGAGAGGAGAAACUGAUGAUGCAUAUGAGACUGUGAUGUCUUAACCUUUCACUUCUCACCCCCACUCCACAACCUACAUAUUCCACUUAUAAAAGUUGUUUAUACUUGCAUAGCUGGCAAGUUUUAGUGUACACAUGCUUUAUUUGACCAAACACCAAACAAUGGAAAAGUUAUCUUUGAGGCAGACACACCUGACGAAGUGACUCUACCAGCUGUAUUGCUAGUCCUCUGCUAACAUAGCGGUGUACCUAGAUUUCAAGGCAAAGAACCAUUGCCCAGAGAUGAAGCUAGCAUAGGAGUACUAAGUAUAUAGGACAUUAUGGUAAUCAGUUUGAUGAUAAUGAUUCCAGCCACUGCUCCGUCUUGUCUACUGCGGCAUCACGCAACAGUUU